CUCCUCCCACUCCCUGCUCCUCUCUGAGCUCGAGCCUCUUCCCCCUCUCUCUGCCUUCACGAGUUCUCCUCCCGAAACCUGCGCGAGGCGGCCACUGAAGCGCGAGGAGGCGAUACACCCCCUUUUCCCCACUUGGCUCAACAUGGCUACAGUUGUAACCUCGACCAGAUUCACAGACGAAUAUCAGCUGUACGAGGAACUCGGAAAGGGUGCCUUCUCUGUCGUUCGGCGAUGCGUCAAGAAGUCCACCGGCCAGGAGUAUGCUGCUAAAAUUAUAAACACAAAAAAGCUCUCAGCUAGAGAUCAUCAGAAAUUGGAGCGGGAGGCCAGAAUCUGCCGUCUGCUCAAGCAUCCAAACAUAGUCCGCCUCCAUGACAGUAUCUCAGAGGAAGGCUUCCACUACCUUGUGUUUGACCUUGUGACUGGAGGAGAGCUGUUUGAGGACAUCGUUGCCAGAGAGUAUUACAGUGAGGCAGAUGCCAGCCAUUGCAUCAAUCAGAUCUUGGAGAGCGUCAGUCACAUCCACCAGCAUGACAUAGUGCACAGGGACCUCAAGCCAGAGAACCUGCUGCUGGCCAGUAAGAUGAAGGGAGCAGCAGUGAAGCUUGCAGACUUUGGUCUUGCCAUUGAGGUGCAGGGGGACCAGCAGGCAUGGUUUGGUUUUGCAGGAACUCCAGGUUACUUGUCCCCGGAGGUGUUGAGGAAGGACCCAUACGGCAAACCAGUGGACAUAUGGGCAUGUGGCGUGAUCCUGUACAUAUUGUUGGUGGGUUACCCGCCUUUCUGGGACGAGGACCAACACAAACUGUACCAACAAAUCAAAGCUGGUGCAUAUGAUUUUCCAUCUCCAGAGUGGGACACGGUGACCCCCGAGGCCAAGAAUCUGAUAAAUCAGAUGUUAACUAUCAACCCUGCCAAAAGGAUCACUGCCGACCAGGCUCUCAAACAUCCCUGGGUCUGCCAACGCUCCACUGUGGCCUCCAUGAUGCACCGUCAAGAGACUGUGGAGUGUCUGCGCAAGUUCAAUGCCAGACGGAAACUAAAAGGUGCAAUCCUCACAACAAUGCUUGUGUCCAGAAACUUUUCAGUGGGACGGCAGCAUACCAGCCCUGCCGCUACCACCAGCACGGCCGCUAUGGCCCAGGAAGCCUGCAAAACCUUACUAAACAAAAAGUCUGAUGGUGUGAAGUCGCAGGGAAACAACAGUAAAAACAGUGUAGUAAGCAGCAGCAGCACCAAAGACAGCAGCAUGUCAUCUUCAGCACCAAUGGAAGCCCAGACAACCGUUGUACACAACCCAGCUGACGGCGCCAAGGGCUCCACAGAGAGCUGUAACAACACAGAAGAGGAGGAGAUGAAAGGUAGGAAAGCUCGUAAGCAGGAGAUUAUAAAGAUGACCGAGCAGCUGAUCGAAGCCAUCAACAACGGAGAUUUUGAGGCGUACACGAGAAUCUGUGACCCUGGCCUGACCUCUUUUGAGCCUGAAGCUCUAGGAAACCUGGUGGAGGGCAUGGAUUUCCACAAGUUCUACUUUGAAAACUUGCUGAGUAAAAACAGUAAGCCCGUCCACACCACCAUCCUCAACCCGCAUGUCCAUCUGAUCGGUGAGGACGCCGCCUGCAUCGCCUACAUCCGCCUGACGCAGUACAUGGACACCCAGGGCCGGCCUCGCUCUUGCCAAUCAGAGGAGACGCGUGUGUGGCAUCGCCGAGAUGCCAAAUGGCUCAACGUGCACUUCCACUGCUCAGGAGCACCCGCGGCACCGCUGCAGUGAACGGAGAACACAGGCCCAGCUUUGCCUGAACUCUAAAGCUGUUUGGAGCAUUUAUUCUCCGUGGUCGGAUCGGUGCCUGGAUCCUGGCUGGGAUGAGGCUGCUUGGAAAGUUGUACAAACACAAAACGGGGGUAAAUAUACAUUACAAUAAAAAAAAAAAUGGGGGGAAACAUGAAAACAAAUUAAAAAAAAAACCAGUAUAUUUCAAACGCUUGAUUGAAUGAUCGACCACACCGACCAACACCAAACCAGUCCAACCCUAGCUAGAUGACAUCGGGGCUGAGGAUGAGGAUGAUGAUGAUGAUGAUGAAGUCGGCCCGUGGCUUCCUGCAGAUGGUGCAUGCUUCUGAUGGUGACACAGGGGUGAUGCUGUCCUGGUCCUUUUCUCCCACGGCCUUUAUGUCCCUGUCUUUGUUUCGUCUCAGCUCUUCUGGAAUAGUAUUAAACACGUAAAAACAAAAAAAAUCACAAGAAAAAUAGAGGUUUUAAAGGAGUUACACCUCACACAUACACUGUAGUGAGCAGGACUGGGGCACUGACUGAAAUAUCGAAAACAAAAUGUGAGUUUUUUUAAGUUCUGUUUGGUUUUCGCAGAACAUACGUCACUGUAAUGUUUAGUUUUACGGUGAUCAGGCGGGGUUUAUGGGAGGAGGUGAUGGAGGAGCGACUCGACACUUCAACACAAAUGAUUUAACAGGGAUUUUAGGAGUAAUAUGUUAUGGAAGGGACCUUUUUUUUUUACUUCAUUUUUUUUGUAUGUGUUCUCAAAAGGAUAAUUUUUUUUAACAGAGCAGGCUUUUAUUUAAUGUUUCUAAAUAUUUAUAGAGGAUAAAAAGGGGAAGCAGAAUCUACGAGUAGGGUUUAUGUGUGUGGAGCAUGUGAGUGUGGGUGUGGAGGCUUUUAUUUCCCACUUUUAGGUCCCUUAAUGUAAAUACAAACACAUGCACAUAUAUGCAUGCACAUACGUACUGAUGAAAACACUCAGGCCUCCAUCUGUCUGCCCUGCAGUGUUGUAAAUCAAACACUACGAGCUCCGAUGUUUCCUGUUUACAACAGAUUUUUACUUUUUCUGUUGUUUUGGUCAUGUGUUUGUGUAUUUUCGAUAGGAAGCAUGUUUUCUUUCAAUCUAAUGGCCUGUACUGUUUUUGCACAGACACUUAAGACUCGAUGCUGUUGUGUUCGCUCUUCUGGAGGAGGAGGAAGACGAGGAGGAGGAGGGGGGGUGAACUUUUCUGCAACUUCAGGUCAUGCUCACCACAAUCCCUCCCCUCUUCCUCCUCCUCAUCCUCCUAUUUCAUCAUUGUCCCUAAACUCUGCCUCAAUAAUCUCACAUCUGCAGCCCCAUUCCUGUCGUAGUAGCACCUCGCCGCGUCCUGAUGAUGAUGAUGAUGAUGAUGAUGAUGUCACCUGUAAUGCCUGUCUCUUGUUCUGAUUGUGUUCUUAAAACCUGUUUAUUGUCAGUCUUGGCUUGCUGUACUUCUGUGUGAAGUCCUGGCACUAUAAAAAGCAUGUUGAAAAGUGAAUGCAGCCGAAGAGAGGGGGGAGAGACUGACCGCCAGCCGGCCAGGGAUGGGACAAAUAAAAGUAAAUAAAUAAAUAAAUAAAAAAACACAAGGCAUGAUGGGAGCUUGACGGCUUUGGGACCUUUUUGCUGAUGGCAAUCAAAUAGAUCUGGUCCCCUUUUUCACAGUUCUGUUGUAUAUGUUGUAGCUAUUAGUGUUUGAUGUUAAAUUUUUAUGAUUAAUAUUAGCCAGACAUAAAAAAUAAAGUAGAAUACUCUACUCUACACACACACACACACACACACAUACACACAAAAUGUUAAAAUCAACACUCACUGCGCUCCUGCGACGACUUCUAAUAUAAUUCACCCCCUCAUAAGCACAUGUGAUCAAACAUUCUCCCUUUAAAGAGGACAAAAACAUAUCUGUGUCAGUGGUUAAACUUUGCAACACUGUUUUUUCACUGUGUCGUACAAACUUUUGUGUGUGUGAUGUCGUACCAGUGGGGGAUGAGGCUUUGCUGUCUGUCUGUCUCUGUGCUGCUCUGCUCCAUUGUAAAACUCAUGCACUACGUAAGGCUGUUUUUGGUGGUCACCCCGAAAAAACAACAAAAAAGAAAAAAACAAUGCUGAUAAUGUGGAACGUCACAUAUCACGACUGUGGAAGUUCACCGACACGGUUUAGCAGUUACAAAAAAAAAAAAAAAGUGAAAUCAUGUUGUGAAUCAUACGUGAGGCCUGUCCUACUGUUUCAACCGCCUGUGCUUUCGAGUGCUGUGACAUAUCCGACACGCCAUGAAAACUGUGUCCCCACACUUUUUGCACCACAAUGACGACGAUGAAACUAUGUGAUGUUUUUUAUGGCUCUAAGUAGUAUCUUCUUCUUCUUCUCUUUGUGCUGCGGGCGUCAGCCCAGCUGUCUGUUGAUGCCAACCGUUGGACAAUAUGCUUUUCUUUCAUUGCGUGUGUGUCCACAGAGUCAUGGGAAUGUUUGAGAGAGAGCACUGAAGUUUAAUUUCACUAUAGAGGCCGAUGAAGAGAACUGGGAAACAGAUUUUUUGCCAAAGUAUUUGGACAUAUGAGACAAGGGAAUAAAUAUUUUAAUUAUCCAUGGUAAAGCUUUAUAUAUUUUUCCACGUUAGAUUCUUGGGCUCAGCAUCAGCAGAUAAAGAAAUGCAGUCUUUUAUGAACUCUUAUUGGCUACAGUAGCACCAACCUGAUCUGAUUUCUGCUAUGCUAAGUCCAAAAUUCUGCAGUUAAUGUGAUUAUGUUGUGUUUUUAGGCAGUUGGUGCAGUGGACACUCCUCUGUUUAAUUUAAAAUAUGUGGGAAAAUCAUUGCACUUC